AUGUCUGCUCCUGGUCCCGAAUCGGUACCAACGUCGGCCGAUCCCCGAUCCCAUCGCCCUACCAAGAAGCGCGCUCUUACGCCCAUCUCAGCGCAAGCCGCCUCGGUAGAGGCCCUCUUCUCAAAGCCCGACCAAAUCAUCCGUAUCCCCGAGUCCUCUAUCUCCGGCUCCGGCUCCGGCAGCUCUGCCUUGCGUUCCGCCCCUCCGGAAAUUGUCACCAAUGUUCAAGGAUCUAGUGCAGGUGCCGGAUCAGGCGAGUUUCAUGUGUAUAAGGCGAGCCGUCGGCGCGAGUAUGAGCGUCUGCGCAGUAUGGAUGAGGAUCUUCGCCGCGAAAAGGACUUUGAAGAGUUCAACAAGGACAAGACUGAACGCGAUCGCAAAGAUGAAGAACGCACGCGCAAGAAUCGCGAGAAGAGGGAGAAGAUGAAGGCCCGCAAAUCUAAGAAGGGCAAGGGCCCUGCUAUCACUGACAAAACGCCCAACGCGACACAGUCCAAAGAUGCCUCCUCAGUCGCGGAAAACGAUGCUGAGAAGGACACUGUUGAUGUCAAUUCUAAGACCAAGACUGAGCAUGGUGGGGACGAUACAGAAUCAACGCCAUCGAUACAACCUACAGGACUAGUUAUUCACGAUGAAGACGACUAA